AUGUGCUGUACACUUUAUUCCAUCGCAGCAGCGCCUUCUUUUGCCACUCCCCCUCCCCGCUUCUGUCGCCGCAUUCGGCGCCGCGUAUUGCGCAACACACCCAAAAGCUCAUUCGCAGUUAUGAAUUCCAUAGCCGUUACAUCCAUCGCGGCAUCGCAGCCGUCCAUUCCAUUCGCCCUGCCAUCUCGACCGUUGAUCUCAGCAAGCGACACGUGGGGGGUGUGGGCCGCGCUGCUAGCGGCCGCAGCUGUCGGCUUCUGGUCGGAGCGCCAUACCGAUUUAGGACGCGCUUUAAGCGGCCCGUUAGUCGCCACAUUAGUAGGCCUCGCCGCGAGCAACUUAGGCCUAAUUCCCUCCGAGGCGCCUGUUUACGGCAUAGUUAAUCGCUUCCUGCUGCCUCUAGCCGUUCCCCUGCUGCUAUUCGCCGCCGACCUAAGGAGGGUGAUUAAGGACACUGGGCGACUGCUUUUGGCGUUUUGUGUGGGCUCAGUCGGCACUAUCUUUGGCACCCUGGUGGCCUUUGCCGCCCUGCCGCUGCGGUCGCUGGGCGGCGACGGUUGGAAGAUAGCGGCUGCACUGAUGGGGCGACACAUAGGGGGCGCUGUGAACUAUGUGGCAGUGACAGAGGCACUGCAGGCAUCACCAUCGGUGGUGACGGCAGCACUGGCAGCCGACAACCUGCUGUGCGCACUCCACUUCACCACGCUCUUUGCACUUGCUGCUAGCAUUCCGGCGGAGGAGGAGGGAGAGAGCAGUGGUGCUGCUGAUGCUACUGCCACACAGUCAGAUUCAGCUGCUUCCACGGUGAGUGAGCACGGGCUGCACUGGCAGCGGUGGUAG